GGUACCUUUACCUUUAUCUAUAAAUAAAUAAGAUUAAAAUCUUAUUAAAUCGUUCCUAUAAGAAUUCGUUUUUAAGUGAACACAUAUGCAGCCUAGAUUACGAAACCGAUUUCAAUAACUGGCUGACUGAAGCUAGAAAUUAUAUGAAGAUAGAGUUUAGUAACACAGGUACUCUUCUCGCCGAACUUUUCGGCGACUCGAACAAAACAUCAAGCGACGUGAAUCACUACACAAAAACCAGGCAACAUACGCGUACCCUGUGCUCAGAAUUUAAUUGCAAGCCGUUCUGGGAAUACUAUACCGAUAUCUAGAAUUCUAGAACGUGGACGUUCGUUUUUAUUGCAUAACCUUUAAUCAAAAGGAAACAAUUCUACCAAAUAAUGGGAAAAUUAAUUGAAAACCCGAUGACGUUAAACAAAGAUGGCUGACUUUUAUACCCCAGUCACUGCCAUGGAUUUACAUUACAUACUUUAUAUUGCAUUUUUUGGUGCACUAAUAGAUGCAAAGGAAUUCUUACGAACGGGUAGCGGUGAUACUAUUAGCAUUCCUGAAGAUUCAAAAAACGACGAGCCUGAUAUAUUGGCCCUAGUCAUUGUCGAGCAUACAGGUUCAGAACAAUCAAACAAAACUAUUUCAAGUGAAAAUGAAAUGAUGGUGCCCUGGGUAGACCAUCUGAAUUCCGAUUAUGACAUAGACUCAUCAGGAGAAAGUAAUUCCGACGAAUAUCAAGAUUCAGACUCCGACUCAGAGUCAGAAAUAGACACAAGUACCGAAUCCAGCUACUACCACGAAGACGACUAUAAAACAUCUGAUUCCUCCCAAGAAGCUCCAAAAACUACCAAUAAGGUAGAAAUGUCAGAUUAUGUGCAUGAAGCUGACGUUUUAAGAAAAAGAUGGCGGUCCUGUCAGAAGAAAGCGUCGAAGGUUUGCAGAGAAGCAUGCGUGGUAGCGUAUAAGAAUUCUUGUGAUGAACAUAAAUGCAAAAGGAAAUUGAAAAAAACUUUGAAGAAACAAUGUAAAAUGAGCUGUAAGGACUUCUUUCUCUAAAUUAAUUUUUAGUCUAGUUUAAAUGGUAAGUAAAUCU